CACAAUCACUGUUCUACUUGGGACUCGUGUCUUCAGUCUCAGCUGGUACAACAGGAGGUUCAUUGUGGCAGAGCCCCGAGGCACGGCAAACUGAGGGGAGAGCUGUGCCCAGGAGUCUUGUCGUGGGCCUUCCCUCCAGAGUUCCAAGGUAGAGAUAUUGAGCUGAGGUACUGAUAGCCAGAGAGGUACUGGUUCAGCCACUGCCUCAGUCCACAACAUCUCCACAGGGCAUGGUGACAAGAGGGAGGCUCCUUGCUCCCUGUGCUUCCAAAAUGAACUGGGUGGGGGCUGUGCCUCAGCUCUAUUAAUAGCCCCCUAGCCCAGCCUGCUAGCCCCAAACCCGGAUGCCAGGAGCUGUGAGUCAGCAGCUAAAAAUAACGGAGAGCAACUGCACCCCAACCCCAACGAGCAGCUCCCUGAGGCCCUCCACCCUCGUCAGUCCCACUCUCCAGUCCAGGGCCUCAUAGAAGUUAAGUGUGCCGUGGCUGUCCAGUCCUCCUGGGAAGACCGGUAAGGACAGGCAGUGGCAGGCUCAGGGCGAGGACUCAAGGGCCUGGCACUAGAUCCUGGCAUCCUGGCCAGGAGUCUGGACUCUGAGGUUACAGGACUGCAGCUGAGAGCCUGGGAGCUGAGAAGUUGAGGCCAUGGUGGCUGGACAGCCUGGAGAUUGUCAGGAUUGGGUCGUUAGGGGAGGGGAGGAAGAGGUUCCUGGGCUGCGAGGCUGGACGCCUGGGAGGGGACAGAAAAGGAGGGGUGCAGGGUGGAGGUGCGCGCUGAGACGCGAGAGCCUGGCCGUACCUGACAGGCUGGACGCCCCAGAGCUGAGGCCGGCAGUCGGUCAGAUUGAGGGGCGGAUCGGGAACAGGGAAAACUAAGGAAAUGCAGCUUGAAAGGGUAGUGUGUGAAGGAGACCUGACCGCUACAAGGCGCCGUGGACGCCCGAGGAGACCGGGACCAGACAGCGGCUGCGGCGUGGCCUCCCGAAGCGCCCACCUCCUCCCCGCCCAUCGCGCGCCGGCGCCCCCUCCCACCGCGCCAGCUGCAGGCCAGGUGACCACAAGGUGGAGCUACAACGCAACUCUGCGCAGCGUGCCAGGGCCACCCAGAAGGUCCCCCGCGGUGGCUGCCCUCCUGCUUCCCCUCUUGCAGCCCUUCGUUGUCCCACAGAUGGUUCUCCCACCUCCAGCCCCCGAACCUCCCCGUGAUGACCCCUCAGUGUCAUGUCACAUAAGACCGGGAUGGGAGAAAAGCUUCCCAUUAUGAGUUCAGCCAGCUUCAGGCAUGACCUUCUGAUCCCACGUUCCCCCACACUGCCUUUCCCAGGCUCAAGCCAAUUUGGCGUAUAAGGGAGGGUCUUAGAAUCUCAAAGGAACCAAACAGACCCAACCCCACGCUCCAGGCAGCAUACGUGGGUGUGAAUCAGCCCCGUCACAGUCACUGGGACCCUGGGGGAGAAUGAAGACCCAGAAAGCUGAGGCGUGAAGCACUCACCCUUGGAGGAGGAAGGUCCACAGAAGCAACAGGGUGGAGACACAGUUGGUGACGAUCCACAUCAUUAGGUAGGUUUGAGGGGGCUACGGGAAGAGGAAAAGGCACCUGUUGGGGGUGGGGAGCAGGGGGCAGCGGCGGGCAGCGGGAUAUGGGAUACGUAAGGAAGAGAGGGCCAGGGUUAAGGAGAAGCAGGGCCUCGGGAAGGAAGGGGUGGGGGUGACAGUCCCAG